AUGCCACCUUUUUCGUAUUCCGCUGGCUCCUCCCCGCCGCCGACCCCGACGUCAAACCAUCCGGAUACGACGUUGCCAUCGCAACUUGACGACACGCAUUCCGGUAGACCUUCCUGGCGUAGCUCCGACGAUCGUCAAUUCGUGCUGCCGCAGCGCACAGCAAGCCCCAAAAUGCAAUCGCCCUUUUCCAGUUCCAGCACAAUCCCCAUUCUACACGAUGAUCCCCGUGGCAAGCAAAAGCUGGUAGCAUUGUCAAUGCGCAAUCUGUAUAGCGACUGUCCGGACACUGCGGUUACGCCGUCCGUGGGGGUGAAAUCCAAAGCUUCCGCAAUGCGAACACUCAGUCUGCUUGGUCUCUUGCUAUCGUUCGUGAUCUUCCUCGUCAACCUACAAAUGUAUCGAUCCCUGCAGGAGAACGAGUCCCACCGCGUAACCAGUUUAAGUCGCAUUGCCCAGUUGGACGCUUCCGAAGUCGAGGAACUCUGGGAGCACGGACGAGAUAUAGGGCGACAGCUGCAGUCGGUGAGUGCGAUUCUGAAGGAAGCCCAACUCGAACGCCAACAUCUUUUACUGUACGAAGAAGACGCCAAAGUCGAAUACGUUCGGAAAACAAUCAAGCGCAACCGGCUCGGCGGACAAUCACGAUCCUGA